AUGCUCUCGGAUAGGCAGGCCAACCGGGGUUUCUUCCUCGGUCACAGCAACCAAUACGGCAUGGUGGUGUUCGUGUGUUUCCUCCUUGGCACCAUCCUGCAGGCUCUGAACGCGCGCUAUGAAUUUGGCUCGAACGGGCUGGAGCAGUUCAGUCGGGCCUGCCUCCUUAAAAAAGAUAUGCUACCUUUCCUGCUCAUUCUCUUCCUCUUCUGGCUGAUGUACAGUGUGGUCUUUGUCACUGUCAUCUAUCGACCCGGUGGCAAAGAGGACCCGCAUAGCCCGAUGAGCCUUCUCACAAAUAUCCUGAGGAGGAAUUUCUUCCAAAUGUUUGGUGAAUUUGACAGUGAAGAGAACCUGCAAAAAGUCAGUGAGUCCUGA